UUUAAUAAUAAUUUAUUAUCAAAAUAGUGUUGUGCAUUUGUGUUAUCAAAUUAAUUAAGCUUAAAAAAAUUGAUUAAAAAAAAUGUCAUCUAUUUACUACUCCGACAAAUACUACGAUGAUGUAUAUGAGUACAGACAUGUUGUUCUUCCAAAAGAACUGGAAAAAAAAGUACCAAAAACUCAUCUUAUGUCUGAACAAGAAUGGAGAGCACUUGGUGUACAACAGAGCAAAGGAUGGGUACAUUAUAUGACUCAUCAACCUGAACCACAUAUUCUUCUUUUCAAGAGGAAAAUUACAAGUCAACCACCAGAAAAUUAAUUGUUAUCUUAAAAAAUAAAAGAAAAAACAAAAAAAAAAAA